ACAGAUGGAACAAGUUGGUUGAUAGUAUUUCGUCAGAAAAUUAUUUUAUCUUCGAUAGAAAUAUUUUGAGAAAAAAUGUACGCGAUAAAUAAUAAAUUAAUUUUCGUUAUUUUGGUAACGUGUAUUAUCUUCUUCAUACAAAUUUUGGCUAGAGAAGAAGAGGCGUCGGAGGAAACGAAAAAAUACACUACCAAAUACGAUAACGUCGAUAUCGAUGGUAUUAUGAAAAACGAGAGACUGUUAAAGGCAUACGUGGGCUGCCUACUCGAUCGAAAUCCUUGCACGCCGGACGCGAUGGAAUUGAAAAGAAAUUUACCAGAUGCAUUGGCGACUAAUUGUUCGUCUUGCAGUGAAACGCAAAAAAUUGCUGCCGAUAAGUUGACUCAUUAUUUGAUCGAUGAAAGACCGGAAGCGUGGGGCCUCCUCGAGAAAAAGUACGAUCCCGAUGGCGAAUACAGGAUACGUUACCAGGAUAAUAAAUUUAACAAUGUUAAUAAUAAAUCCGAGAAACGGGAAGAAAAUGAAAAGGAUUACGACGAAUCGAAACCUAUAUCGGAUUUUUAACAUUUUAUUCGAUUAUCAGGAAUCUCAUUCGAUACGUUGAAAUCCUGUAACCCUUUGAUGAACGAUUUAUUUCUGUAGACAUUCGUAGAAACAAUUAAUUGAUUUAUUAAAUAUUCCAAAAAAAAAAAAAAAGAAAUGUACACGUAAUGUAGCCUGUUAGAUUUUGAAAGUCACCUUUGUAAGCAUAUAUAUCGAUCUAUUAAUACAAAAUAUAUAUGUAUCAUAAGAAAAAAUAACACGAAUUAAAAAACAAA